UUUAGUUCUUUUACAUUUUGGUUGGUGAGUCGUGAAGACACGUGCAAAAAUGUCUGCUAACAAAGUUGCCAAGAAAGACGACAAAAAGGCUAAAAAGCCAGUCAAAAAGUUGAAUUACGACUUGGGCGGUGGUUUGUUGAAGUAUUCCCGCUCACAACAAUAUAAACGCAAGGCUUUGUGGCGUUUUGCUGGCAAAAAACGUCCAGUUGUUAAAGUCCCAAAGAAGCCCAUUACCGCCGUCAAGAAAGUGAACGGUGCUAAAAAUGGUGGCGAACGUGUUGUCAGUUUGUUGAAACCAAAAUCAAACUAUCCAACCAAACCACGAGUUGCAUCUCGUCCAGGUCGUCAACUCUUCAAGAAUCACAAGCGUAAUACCCGCAAAUCCUUGAAACCAGGUCGCGUUGUUAUUUUGCUUGCCGGAAGACAAAAGGGCAAACGUGUUGUUUUGCUUAAGGUCUUGAAAUCUGGUUUGUUGCUGGUUACUGGCCCAUACUCGUUGAACCAAUGCCCAUUGCGUCGUAUCUCUCAACGCUAUGUCAUCGCCACAUCAACCAGCAUUGACAUUAGCAAGGUUAAGGUUCCAGCUCACAUCAACGAUGCCUACUUCAAGCGUGCCGAUAAGAAGGAGAAGAACCGUGGUGAAGGUGAUGUGUUUGCCGUGAAGAAGGAACGUUAUGUUCCAUCAGAACAAAAGAAAGCCGACCAAGCCGCCGUCGACAAGGCCGUUCGCACCGCAUUGAGCACCCACAAAGACAAGAAAAUCUUGUUCAAGUACAUUCGAAGCUACUUUGCUUUGAGCUCAGGCCAAUGCCCACACCGUUUACGUUUCUAAAGAAACGCAAUAGGAAUAUCGCGAUCCAGCUUAACAAAAUAUAAUCAUUAAAAGAAAUUAAAAACAAAACACGAAAACUGUUUUAUAAUGGAUUAUAUUUGAUGAUAAACAUUUAAUAAAUAUUUGAAUCAACUAUGAUCGAUGGAAAAAAUAA